AUGGAAAAGUGGCUACAGAAGACUGACCUCUCAUGCUCUGAAUCAGACUCAGAGGUUAAUUUAAGUAAGCAACGAACAAAAAUAGUAAAAAAAAAAAGACUUACUACUAAAUCAAAAACAAAUACUCCAAAAUUUUGCGAAAUUUGGCUCAAUACUCCAGAAUUUAAAGACUGGAUAAGAAAGUCAUCUACUAAACCAAAUGCUGCGUACUGUAAAAUUUGUCUAACUGAUAUUAUUUGUUAUAACAAAAAUUGUUUAUCUCGUCAUUAUAAAUCAUCGAAACAUAUUUCAAACAUGGAAACUAUAGAGAAUAAAGCAAGUCAGCAAAAAAUUGAAAAUCUCAUCCAAGAUUUGCCAUUAAAUAAACAAAUAAAACGAGCUGAAUUCAUUUUGGCAGCAACGGUAGCUGUGAAAUGCUUAUCAUUUUCAUUGAUGGAUACACUUACACCAAUAAUUUCAAAAAUUUCCCCCGAUUCUAAAAUUGCGAAGCAACUGUCUUUAAAAAGAACGAAAACUACAGCUGUUAUUCAUAGUUUGAGCACUGUUUUGUUAGAAGAAUUGAAUGAAAAGUUGAUGAAGCCUGGAUCUUUUUUUUCUAUUAUUAUGGACGAAUCAACUGAUGUUAAUAAUAUUAAGCAAUGUGCUUUUUCAGUAAUUUAUUAUGAUGAUAAGACAGCAAAAAUACAAACAAAUUUUUUUGAUAUGGUUGAGACUGAUUCUGCGACAGCUGAAGAUUUAUAUUCUUUACUCAUUAAAGUAAUAACUGAUAAAAAUAUCCCUCUCAAAAAUUUUGUUGGGUUUGCAUCAGAUACUGCUAAUAAAAUGGCUGGAGAUAAUUUAUCCGUAUUUGCUUUACUAAAAAAAGAACUACCGGACAUCGUGACUACAAAAUGUUCUUGCCAUAUGAUUCAUCUUAUUGCAUCAAAAGCUUGUUUAAAGUUAUCCAAUUCUGCAGAAGAAUUAUUGCGAAAUUUAGCAGCUUAUUUUCACCGUAGUUAUAAACGUAUUAAAGGAUUAGAAGAAUUUCAAGAGUACUUCGGAGUUAAAAUACACAAGAUUUUGUCACCAAGUACAACAAGAUGGUUAUCGUUGAAAUGUUGCGUAGAUCGUGUGCUGGAACAAUAUACUCCUGUCCACGUUUAUCUUCAAGGUGAAUUGACCGAUAAAUCUCCUCCAAUGUUAUUAAGCAUGGUAAAGACAAUGGAUAAUCGCUUCACCUAUGUAACUUUACAAUUUUUGAGCUAUGCGUUAGAACUAUUCACUGAUUUUAACCGUCUUUUUCAAUCUGAGAAGCCUUUACUUCAUAAAGUCAAACCAGAAGUCGAAAAAUUAAUGAAAAAUAUUUGUAGUAAUUAUAUCGAUAUAACUCAUAUUCGACGAAAUGAUAUCAUGAAGUUAAAUCAUCAAGAUCCUCACAAAUAUGUUCCUCUUAAUGAAGUUUAUGUUGGAACAAAAGCAAAUAAAAGCUUAGAACAAUUAUUAACUGAAAAACCAUCUUUGGAAUUGGAAGUGGACGAGUUUAGAAAAAAAGUUUUAAGUUUCUAUAUUGAAGCUGUGACGGUUCUUAAACAAAAAUUUGAUUUUAAGGAUAAAAUUUAUGAGUUCUUAGACUUACUUGAUCCAAAAGUAGCUAGAACUUUCAACAUAAAAAGUUUCGACCUCGUAUUAAAAAGAUUUCCAGUACUAAAUGAAUAUGUGACUUUGCAACAACUUGAUAAUGAGUGGACAGAGCAUGCUCUAUUAAACUUAGAAGACAAUAAUAUUGAUAUUAAUUCUACGGCUGAGAUUUAUUGGCAACAAAUUUUUAAACUCACAACCCAGUUGGUGGAAUAA